AUGUCGCUUUCUUCCAACACCUCUCUGCCCCCAGACGGCGGUUAUGGCUGGAUAUGCGUGGCCGCGUGCUUUUCUAUAAACUGCUUCACGUGGGGCGCAGUCUCUUCAUACGGCGUGUACUUGGCACACUAUCUCUCGAACAACAUGUUCCCUGAGGCUACUCCCAUGGACUUUGCACUAAUUGGGGGUUUAAAUUUCUCCAUGGCAAUGUUGGUAGCCCCUGCUGUUACAGUCAUCGCUCGAAAGUACGGCACCAAGUUACCGAUGUUCCUUGGUCUAGGGCUUUUAGCAUCGGGGUAUGUCUCUGCGUCCUUUUCACAAAGAAUCUGGCAGCUCUAUCUGUCACAGGGGGUUUUGAUUGGAUUUGGAGUUGGAUGUAUCUACAUACCAAGCAUUCCUGUUCUCUCUCAGUGGUUCGAUAAGAAAAGAAGUCUUGCCAACGGGAUCAGCGCGGCUGGGUCAGGUAUUGGGACUGCUAUUGGUCGGCCACUGAUUGGUGUUGCCAGCGAUCGUUUUGGCAGGAUUGAGGUCGCCGGCCUCUUGACUUGCUUUUGUGGUGUUACUUGUUUUGUCAUUUGGCUUCCCUCGACAUCAUACGGCGUCCUUGUUCUCUUCGCCUUCAUUAGUGGGGCUAUUCUCGGGGUCUUCUGGGUUACUGUGGGACCCUUGUGUGUUGAGGUCGCUGGGUUGGAGCAGCUCCAAUCGCUCCUCUCUUUGUCUUGGUCUUUUAUUGUGCUCCCUACAACAUUCUCCGAAGUUAUAGCACUCAAACUACGCCGUCUAGGGUCCUACCAACCAUAUCGAAACGCACAGGUAUUCUGUGGUGUAUCUUACAUUUGUGCUAGUGUGGCUUUACUUUUCCUUUUUAUGAUUAAAUGA